GAGGGUCGGGUGGGGCCUGGAAAAAAAUUAAGAAGAGUGUGGAAAGUGCCAGUGCGGAAGCUCCGGACGCGAGGGGCGGGGCGUGCGCGGGACAAAGGGAAGCGAAGCCGGAGCUGCGGGCGCUUUUUCUGCCCGCGGUGUCUCAGAUUCAUUCUUAAGGAACUGAGAACUUAAUCUUCCAAAAUGUCAAAAAGACCAUCUUAUGCCCCACCUCCCACCCCAGCUCCUGCAACACAAAUGCCCAGCACACCAGGGUUUGUGGGAUACAAUCCAUACAGUCAUCUCGCCUACAACAACUACAGGCUGGGAGGGAACCCGGGCACCAACAGCCGGGUCACGGCAUCCUCUGGUAUUACGAUUCCAAAACCCCCAAAGCCACCAGAUAAGCCGCUGAUGCCCUACAUGAGGUACAGCAGAAAGGUCUGGGACCAAGUAAAGGCUUCCAACCCUGACCUAAAGUUGUGGGAGAUUGGCAAGAUUAUUGGUGGCAUGUGGCGAGAUCUCACUGAUGAAGCUGCUUUAGAGGAAGAAAGUCGACAGAGACAGUCUCGCAUGGAGAAAGGAGAACCGUACAUGAGCAUUCAGCCUGCUGAAGAUCCAGAUGAUUACGAUGAUGGCUUUUCAAUGAAGCAUACAGCCACUGCCCGUUUCCAGAGAAACCAUCGCCUCAUCAGUGAAAUCCUUAGUGAGAGUGUGGAACGCAGUCAGAGCAGCAUCGUUCCUGAGGAAGAACAAGCAGCCACCAAAGGCGAGGAGAAGAAGGAUGGCGAGAACAUUCCAAUGGAGACAGAGGAGACACACCUUGAAGAAACGACAGAGAGCCAACAGAACGGUGAAGAAGGCACGUCUACUCCUGAGGACAAGGAGAGUGGGCAGGAGGGGGUCGACAGUAUGGCAGAGGAAGGAACCAGUGAUAGCAACACUGGCUCAGAGAGCAACAGUGCCACAGUGGAGGAGCCCCCAACAGAUCCCAUACCAGAAGAUGAGAAAAAAGAAUAAAUGUUGCCUUGUUUUAUGUGUCCUAAAUAACUUUUUUAAAUGAAAAAAUGUUUUUUGGUUUUAAUGGUGUUAUGUGGUUUGUGUAUUAACUUUUUUCUUGUCCAUAUCAUACCACCAAAGGCUUUUGGACCAUUUAGCAUCAUGAGCCUAAUGACACAGUCAGCCACCCUUCUUAGUGUUAUGAAGAUGGCCUUUUCUUUGGCUCUUGUUUCUAGCCCUCAACUGCUGAAAGCCUCAGAAUUUAGAUUAAUUGAGAAAACACCCUCCUCUUUUAGAGAAUUAUCCUUUGAUGCUGCAGAAUCUACUCUUACAAUGCCUUCCUACAGCUCACUGGGGUGCUUACCAAAGCCAUAGCUUUAAACCUUCCCAAUCCCCAUCAACAGCUUCCUGAAAGUCUCCUCUCUUGUUUACUUCUGCAAAGGGUAGCUUCUUAAAACUGUAAUCAUGUAUGAGUAAGUAUUUGUUCACUUCCCGUUUUUUACUUUUAGUCAAUGUCAGAUACCAAGAGUUGUGUUAAGAAGUUGAGUGUAGGCUACAACUAACUAUGCUUGGAUCUUACUGAUCCAGAAAUAGCUCCCAUAGUUAAGAGUAGUUACUUAUGAAAUGGUCAUUAAAGUGAACACAACACAUAUACAUUAUACUGCUUUUUGUUAUGAUUAAUAUUGGGUAUGUUCUGGUAAAUUCAUCCUUACUGUAUAGAAAAAAAAUUACUUUUUUACCAGGUUUUCCAAAGACAGACUAGAUCACAAACCUCCAGGAAUUUAAUAUUCUUGUAAUGGACUAGAUAAUUUAAACUGAUUAGCCCAUUCCAGAAGAAAAACAGCUGGGAAUUAAGUUAAUCCACUUGAAAUUAUUUUAUAAUAAUCAGAACAUUCAAAACCUCAAGGCUCAGGAUCCCAUAGAUCAGAGCCCACCUUUUUGAUAAACUCUUAGUUCUAAGUCUUGGAGACUAGAAGCAAGAUAGUUUGUGGCACAUAUGCUUCCCAAAAACUAGAAUAGAUUUUUACUGAAUAGUGGUAUAUCUGAUGGUAUAUGUUUCUUAAAGGUCCAAAUGUAAUAAAAAAAUGAAAAAAA